AUGAGUAGUCCCGAUGCGGGUUACGCCAGCGACGAUCAGACCCAGGCAAGGUGUGCGAUGUCAGUCAUGAUGCCUGGAAUUGGACACUGCCAGUGGGCCGACGCUCUCAGUCCUCUCGGGGACGCCAAAGUGAAGAACGAGCCGUGCGCCUCGGGUUCGGGCAGCCAGAGUCGCGGGAAGAGCGAGCCGCGGAUCCGCCGGCCCAUGAACGCCUUCAUGGUGUGGGCUAAGGAUGAGCGCAAGAGGCUCGCGCAGCAGAACCCGGACCUGCACAACGCAGAGCUGAGCAAAAUGCUGGGCAAAUCGUGGAAAGCCCUUCCUGUCACAGAAAAGCAGCCCUUCGUGGAGGAGGCCGAGCGGCUGCGGGUUCAGCACAUGCAGGAUCACCCAAACUACAAGUACCGGCCUCGGCGGCGGAAACAGGUGAAGAGGAUUAAGAGGCUGGACUCCGGCUUCCUGGUCCACGGCGUGUCCGACCACCAGGCCCAGUCGAUGCCUGGAGAUGGCAGAGUGUGCGUUGAGAGUCUGGGCCUUGGCUACCACGAGCACGGUUUCCAGGUUCCUUCGCAGCCGCUCGGCCACUACAGGGAUCCUCAAGCUCUUGGGGGCCCCUCCUAUGAACCAUACAGCCUUCCCACCCCUGACACAUCUCCUUUGGAUGCUGUGGAGUCAGACUCGAUGUUCUUUUCCCCGCACACGCAGGAGGACUGCCACAUGAUGUCUGCAUACCCUUACCCCUCCCAGGUGGCAGACUUUCAGCCCCAAGAACACCUUUCCAACCACCACAGCAACACCAUCCUGCAUCGACACCCUGCCUCAGUUUCAGAGCAGCCCCACCAAACUCCAAACCUUCCUCAAGCUUACAUGGGAUGCCACAACCCUUUAGCCAUGUACUACACCCAGCACUGUAGCCCCAACCACCCCAAACGGCACCCAGGGGGGGCAGGACAGCUCUCCCCUCCUCCAGACUCUCAGUCAGCCGACAGCAUGGAGCAGAUGCACCAUUCAGAGCUACUCGGUGAGGUCGACCGCAACGAGUUCGAGCAGUAUCUAAGCUCCUCCUCAGCGCGUGCAGACAUGACGGGCUUGCCAUACGGGCCACACGAGCCAGGCAUGCAAGGACCCGAAAGUCUCAUAUCAUCGGUGCUGUCAGACGCCAGCACAGCUGUGUAUUACUGUAGCUACAACAACUCCUAA